AAAUUAGUAAUAAUAAUAUUAUUGAAUUGGAUGAAGAUGAUAUACUUGAAGAUAUUAAUAUAAAUGAAAAUAAUAUUAAUACUGAAUUUACAUUAGCAUUAAAUAAUUUUAUUCAAACAACUAAUCAAAAUGAAAUAUUAACAGAACUUAGAAGA